AAAUCUCAAUCUCUCUCUCUCUCUCUCUCACCUCAGUUUAUGCGAGUUAUGCUUUACUGGCUUUGACCAUUGAAAUGAUGGGUUGUUUUUUUGAUCGGAAAUGCUGGGUUAAUUCAUAGAAAUCGGAGACAAAUCGAAAGAUCGGACCCCUCGAAAACUCGGGCUUCAACCGACCAACACAAUUGAACAAUGUCGGACUACAUACCACUACCAACUGAACUUUUAGAUGAGAUUCUUGUAAGACUACCCGUCGAAUCUCUGAUUCGAUUCACAUCCGUAUGCAAAUCAUGGUACUCUCUCAUAACAAGCCCUAGUUUCGUCACCAAACACCUCAACCACAGCAAAACAAACGCCAGAAACCUUCUCCUUAAGACUUACAACUAUGAGAAAAACAAAGAGCGCUAUCUAUUGUACCGCGGCGAUGAAAAAUUUAGUGAUGAGUUCUCUGAAUUGGAGUAUCCUUUGAGUACCCCAUUUCGGCCUAAAAGAAUAGUGGGUAGUUGCAAUGGUUUGAUAUGUAUGGUCGAUCGCAAUUUGCCAUCGUGUAGGAGUAUUAUUCUGUGGAAUCCAUUAAUUAGAAAAUCAAUGACUCUUCGCAUGCCCUCUCAACCGGAAACUCCUCCUUGGUGGUUUGUUUUGGGAUUUGGUGCCCACCCCACGACGCAAGAGUACAUGUUGGUGUCUAUUGUUUUCGAGAAGGAGGAUAUAGAGCAGCCUUCUAAGGUUGAGCUUUACACCCAAGGCACAGGAUCAUGGAGAUCCAUCACCUGUGUUGGUUAUCCACAUGGCAUUGCGGAGUUGAAUUGGUCCCAGGCUUUUGUUAAUGGAGCAAUACAUUGGAUUGCAUUUGAAAGGAGAGUGGUGGAUGGUCUCCUCCCCUGUUCGAUAAUGGCAUUCAAUAUGGUUUCUCAAGCAUUCUCGGUGACGAAUAUGCCUGCCGCUCUGGUGCGUCUGGUCAAUCAAAACCUAGUGGGCCACUCGAUUAUGUCAUAUGGAGAAUCACUGGCAGUGUCAUGUCACGAAGGGGUUUUUUGUUGCAUAUGGGUGAUGAAAGAAUAUGGAGUUGCAGAAUCUUGGGCUAAACUAUACAAUAUUAAUCUUCCAAUAGGGUUGAAACAGAUAAUAGGAUUUAGGAAAAAUGGUCAAGUUCUGCUAUCGACGAAUGACCACCGGCUACUUUGUUACGACUGUGAGACCAAAACCUCUGCAAAUCCCGUAGAUACAGAGAGUUCGGUUACAUUUGACAGUGAUACUUUCAUGGAAUCCAUAGUUUUAGUGAAACAAGGAAAUGGUAGUUGAUUCCUUUGUAAUGCUAUGCUUCUAAACUCCAAGAGAGCAAAGGAUAAAGAUGAAAGAGCACCAAUUAUGAGGAAUGCUGGUCCAAGCAAAGAUGGAAACAAAAUCAAGAUAUCUUGUUUCCUUGUCAGGAGGAGACUGAGAGUAAAUCACAACUCAAAGUAAUGUUUGCUCCUGAAAUUUCAACGUUUUGACAAUGCGCAGGCAAACACAAACAAUCCUUUUAUUGCUUUAGAAUGUAGUGGUAACUAUGUGAUGUGUUGCUGAUUAUACUAGUUGGGUUAUCUGCAACGCAUUUGUUAGGAAUAUAAUUGUGCAUGUUGUUCUAACUUCUAUGCUUGAUUCUCUUACGUUUGUUUUAUAUGUUAACUUUUACUAGUCAAAA